AUGUCAAAGGGUUGGGGGCUUCGGCGCUCGACGUCGGCGCUGUUCCAUUCUUCUUCUUCUUCUACUCCGCCUUCGUCUUCUACCUCUCCUACUCCCCCUACUACGCCAACAGAGACGCCCACAGCGCCAUUAUUAGCAAAAGGCGCCGUUACAAAUUCUCUACCGUUACCAGCGACUCAACAGAAGGCGGCACAGCCGCUAGGCAAGCUACGCCGCAUGGCUUCCCUGACGCAGCGUCUUAGCGGGGACGGCAAGAUGAAGAACAGGGGGGUUGCGGCUGCUGCGUCUACCACGACAACGUCUCGUAGUAGUAAUGGCACUGCGCCAGCAUCGACGACGACAACGAAGGCGAAGACGACAACAAAAACAACGAAGCGAGACGGAGGGCAGCCAGCCUCACAACCGCAACAGCAAGCCCCGCGAACGUUUUACGUGCCCACGCACGCGGCCUCGAGCUUCGCCCGCACCGUCGCGCCCGCCCAGCACGCGACCAUUGCCGAGGAGGACGAGAGCGGAGAAUCGACCACGACGUCAUCGUCGUCGCCGCGGAGACAGCAGCAGCAGCAGCAGACGUUCAAGGACAGGAUGGAGGCGCGCCGGCGACGAAGCGGCGGUGGUGACGGACAGCACUCGCGAAACAGUAGCAGCACCAGCACCAGCAGCGCCUCGCACACGUCCUGGUCGACACCCCACGAGCCGUCGCGACUCCCGCCGGCCUUAGCUGUGGUCGCGACGGCGGCGGAGUCGACGACGAUGCGCCCGCGAGAAGAGUCGGACGGGGUCAGCAAGGCCGACGGCGACUCACCAAGUGACUACGCCGUCUUCCUCGCCGAGGCGCAGGCCAACGACCGUCGGGCCCGGCGCACGAUCCCGCUCUGGAUCCCAUCGGACACGCCGGAGCGGCAGCAGCAGCAGAAGCAGCAGCGCCGCGACAGCACGUACUACUCAUACUCGGGUGGGUCGCGGAGCAGCGCGGGAGUCGGACCCGGAGCCGAAGUUGGAGGCCAAGUCGGGGCCGGGGCCGGGGCCGGGGCCGGGGGUUGUUGUGGGGCGUACUACUACAACAACAACCACCAUCCGCACCACCAUCCUCACCACCACCACCUACAACAACAACAGCAGCAGCAUGGCCUCCACCGUGAUGUCGCGGCGGCCAUGGGGCGAGCGGUGCGGAGGCAGCCGAGCACGGCCAUGGCGAGAAGGAUAACUGAGUAUGUGCGCCCGACGAGGGAGGGGGAGAUGGCGUGA